UGCUCUUCCUUCCGCCACCACAUUGAUAUUCUUGCCAGCCGCUCCUCCCCGCCAUGCUUGGGCCCAAACUCCCGCCAGCCGUCCUCCAAACACCCGGAUAUGCCCACUACUCUCUUGCAUGGUCGCCCUUUCACAAGAACCGCAUCGCACUCGCCUCUUCUGCAAAUUUUGGCUUGGUCGGAAACGGCCGCCUUCAUAUCGUAUCCAACGCCCCAGAUUUACAUGUAGACAAAUUCUUUGAGACGCAGGACGGGCUGUAUGACGUAGCGUGGUCCGAGGUACACGAGAACCAGGUCGUCACAGCGUCAGGCGACGGCUCGAUACGACUCUGGGACAUUAUGCUCAACAAUUUUGCCAUCGCAUCAUGGCAAGAACACACCCGCGAAGUGUUCUCCCUCGACUGGUCCAACAUCAACAAAGACACCUUUGCCUCCUCUUCAUGGGACGGCUCCGUCAAACUCUGGAUCCCGGACCGGCCCCGCUCCCUCUCGACCCUCCAGGCACACCACGCAUGCGUCUACCAGGCCCUCUUCUCCCCGCACCAGCCCUCCAUCCUCGCAACCUGCUCCACCGACGGCACACUCAAGAUAUUCGACCUCCGCUCCCCCGCCUACGCCCCUAGCUCCAACACCUUCUCUACCCCGCUCUCUGCCGCCGCCCUCACCGUGCCCGUCUCGGGCAGCGAGGUCCUCUCGCUCGACUGGAACAAGUACCGUCCCUUCAUCUUGGCCACGGGAGGGGUCGACAAGGCCGUCAAGGUGUGGGACUGCCGGAUGGUCAAGAUGGGCGGCGACGGGGGCGUGGGCGGGGUGUGCGAGGCGCACCUCCCUGGUCAUGAGUAUGCCGUGCGCAAGGUCCAGUGGAGCCCGCAUAGUCCCGACGUCUUAGCCAGUGCGAGUUAUGAUAUGACAUGUAGAGUUUGGAACAAGGGUAGGCUCGUGUAUAUACACGACCCGCAUACCGAGUUUGUUGUUGGCUGUGGAUGGUCCUUGUAUGAUCAGGGCCUUCUCGCUACUUGUGCCUGGGAUAGCAGGCUUAAUGUUUUCCGUGUGUAGGGCAAUUCAUCACAUAAAGAGUCAUUAUACAUCUUGAAUAUCGUUACGCACUCCUGGGAGGACUCCCCACUUCCAAGUUCCAGUGGUAGCUUGCGAACGCUCCUCGAAAAUGUUGUAGUUACCAGCUGUAAUCUAGCCAGCCAUCAUUUCGUGCAUAGGGGCUAUUUCAUAAUUCGGACGCGCCAAAGCGACCACUGCUGAUGAUGAUUUC